AUGUACCACCAAAAAUAUCAGUCGCGAAUUCUCACGUAUUUGUACGGGGAAUCGCACUAUAUUCUCGACUAUAAAUCGAUCGAACUCGUCGUGGAUUUCCCGCAGAUGAUCGUUUUAAAUGAGUUUAACCGCGGGGAUUCGUUUUCUUUGGCAGAGCUGGAGUCGCGGACUCAUUUGCCAGAAAUCGUCCUGAAAACUGCCAUUCAGCAAUUAACCGCGGUUUCUUCCGGUCCUCUUCUGCUCACCGAUUCCACGUUUUCCACGAUUCGUGUGAAUGAAACUCCCUCGUGGAGCGGAAACCGAAUCAAUUUGGUCCCGCAGGUUUCAUUGCAGGUUCAGACCUCGACGACUUCCGCGGUUCUGCACGAAGAUCGAGCGGUGCAGUUGCUGCAAGUGGAGGCGGCGAUCGUGAAGGUGCUGAAGAAAGUGAAGUUCUCGACGCUGGAAGAUUUGCCGAAGUCGAUUUUGAGUUAUUUGCAGUACAAACCGGAAAAUGAACUGAUGCAGCAGGCGGUGGAUGUGCUGCUGAACAAGGAAUUGAUCGAGCGAGACGAGAAGGAUCCGAAUGUGUUGCGUUAUGUUGUUAAUUUGGGUGUUUGA